GGGUCUCAUGUUAGCUACUGGGAGACUGCCCAUUACAGUAAUUGGUGGUGUAUUUUGCCCUCUCUGUCAACAGAAAACAAGUCACGGUAUAUUCAACAUGGAAGGCAAAAUAAAAGGAAAUGAUUCAGUAGUUUGUGAAACAGAACCGCUAUUGAACAGAGCCCCUAGGCUAUCUGGCAGAGAGAGGGCAGCAUCACGAUGGGUGACAGUGGAGCCCCUACUUCUCUUGGCAGCAUGCAGCUAUAUGUUGACCGCUGUCCUUCGCAUCCAGUAUGUACUAGUGAGGGUACAGGAGUCUUAUAACUACACCGUUCACACGGAUUCACCUUGCCCAGUUCGGAACCAGACUGGUAAUAUGAGUUAUAUUUCGGAUGCUGACACCCAGGCCCGGAUCCAGGCGGACUCCGCUCGCUGGAUGCUGCUCUUUAGUCUCGCUGGAGCUCUUCCGGGCUUCGUCUCCGCGAUCCUCAUGGGAGCUCUGUCCGACAGGUUCGGCCGCAAGAUAUUUCUCAACCUGUCGACCAUCGGCAGUGCAAGUUUUGCCGGUGUUUGCACGGCCGUGAUGGCGUUCAAUCUUCGCCUGGAAGUGUUCCUCGCCGCCGAUCUUGCCAUCGGCCUGACAGGCGGGCAAAUGACGAUUGUCUCCCUUUGCUACUCCUACAUUGCAGACGUGACUACCAAGAAACAGCGCACCUUCAGGAUAGUUGUGAUCGAAACUGUCUACGUCCUUGUUGGACUGACUCAGAUUGGGGCCGAGUAUUGCUACGAAGCUCUUGGCUUUGCCGCCACCGCGGGAAUUGCGACGGGUCUGGGAGUCUUGGCCUUCAUUUACUCUGUAAUUCCACAUAUCCUGAUCGAGACAAUCGAGAGGAAGGGUCAGCAGCCACUAGGCCAGACACUGAGGCAGACUGUACGAGGCGUGGGACGGUUGUUUUACAGCGAGGGAGGCACUGUACGCACCUGGUGCUUGCUACUCAUUUUCGCCACCCUUUUCAUGCUAACCCCGAUGGAAUCUUCGCUCCAGGUUAAAACAUUGUACGUGCAAGCCGAGCCCUUCUGCUGGUCACCAGUUACAAUCGGGUAUAACGCCGCCCUGUUUAGUACUGUCUUACUUGUUGGUAACAUCGGAGGCUUCAAAUUGUUGUCAAAAUGUUUCAGCAGUCAGUGGAUCUUUCACAUAUCUUGUUUCAGUACAGUUGGGGUAAACGUAGUGUUCGGGCUGGUGAGAACAAACGAGCUAUUGUUUUGGGCGACACUUUUAUUAGUGUUAUCGGGAUUGUGUUUCCCUGUCCUAAGAGGAUCGCUUUCCAAACUGGUUGGAGCUGACGAACAAGGUGUUGCUUUGUCCUUCCUCGGCUGUGUGGAGAACUUCGGCAUGUAUGUCUCACCCAUAGCCGUCAACGCAGUUUAUAUGGCUACCGUAGCAUCUUACGCCCCACUUGUGUUCUUUGUGAUAGCUGGGAUCACUUGUGUACCGCCUGUGUUAUUCGGGAUUAUGCACGUCGUCAUUAAACGCUCGAUUGACCCACAGAUCUUGGCAUCCCAUACAGUGACUGACUGACCGUGAGCACACAUCAUUCAACCACGCUUGAAAGUGAAAUGACGUUGUUUAUAACUUAAGCCCCAGUCACACAGCUACGAAUAUCCACGGUUUACCACGAAUCAAUCGAUCACGAUGAACCGUCGAGAUUCGCGGCCGAGCCUUUCGACGUUCUCAGAAAUGCACUACGGUUUCAGGACGGAUAGCCAUACGACUGUCCUUAGGUUUCUAUGACGGAUAACCACGGAGGUACUAAGGAUGGAUGGUUACG